UCGGCUGGCUAACUGCAUUAAUCAUUGACUUGAAAUUAGUUUGGAAUUUGGAGUUUGGAACGGUGUUGAUGGCCUCGGAGAUAGCGGUGGUGGAGGAUGAGAUCGAGUUUGAGCAACGAUGUCUAUACGUCGGCGGCGUAUGGAGACAAGGAGAAGCUUCAGAGAUUGGUAGAGAGCGAGGGUUACUCAAUCUCCGACCCUGAUGGCCACUUGUCUGCUCUCAACAAUCGCACUGCGGCGGCUCAGUACAUCAUUGAGCAUGGUGGAGAUGUUAAUGCUGCAGAUCAUACAGGACAAACAGCAUUACACUGGACUGCAGUUGAAGGUGCAAUCCCAGUUGCAGAGAUUUUACUCCAAGUGGGUGCUCGCAUAAAUGCUAUGGAUAUGUAUGGUUAUCAGCCAGCUGUUUUAGUGUAAAGAAAACAAAAAACAAAUGCAUCAGCAGCUUGUAAACACUGACAGAAUGUUUGUGUUUA